UGGAAUGUUAUAACAUUAAAAUUUAGUUUUCCCGUUGGAUAGGAACAUCAUAUGAUGAUGAUUUUUUUUUUUUAAUUGGGAAAUGGUGGCUCUUGCUACUACCUCUGCAGGUUGGGGUAAUCGCAUUGGAAGAAAUGAUCUAAUUGUAGUUUAGGAGUGUGUGUGGCUGAACAUUCCAGUUUGGGCAAAGUAAAUAAUUGGCCUGUUCUGGCACAUCAUAUUCCUCAGGCUCUUACCUCAUGACUGAAUGAUUUUGUGUGUUUGUUUAGGAUUCCAGUAGGAUAGGGGAGGCACUGGGGUUCUGCAUAGGUGGGAAUCUUUUCAUCGAGAAGGGUUUUUUCUGCCUUUCUUGUUUCACAGCUGGGUGCUCAGUGCUUUGCACACAGUUGAUUGCAUUUGACACACAGCGUUGGAAUGUCCCUGGGAUUGUGACUUAUGGCACUUACAAUUUAGGGGUGGGGAUGAGUGGGCAGAUACAGUUGAACAAGUACUUAGAAAACAAGGUAGAAUGAAGUAAAUGUCAUUUAUUUUUACAAGACAGGUGCCGUGGAAGCCAUGAGAAAGGGGAGACCAAUCUACUCCCAACCAGAGAUCAGAAUGUCGAAGAACAAAAGUGAGGAGCAAAAUAGAUGCUUAAGAGUCAGCAGGGCCUCCGGAUGUGUGGACAGCCUCCCGCCAGCUCUCCUGCCCUGUGUUACGUACGCCUGCCUGUUUUCUCUGUAAAGACCCUCGGGGAUCUGCCUAGAAAACAUCUUGGAUGAGGAGACAGAAGGUGAGGAAGGUUACGGACUGGCCAGAGGUCACACAGCUGGAAGAAGCAGGAUCAGGAUUCACAGCCAGUUCUGCCUCUUGCCAAGGCCUGGAUGCUCACACGACCUACCCUUCUGCGCCUAGAAAUAGCUUGAGAGCUGAACCGGAUUGGGCCCACAGGCCACUACAGCAAAACCAGGGGUUCCUUGCCAGCGGUGUCCCAGCCCCAAGCCUGCCAUGCAUUCCCCUGCUGUGGUCACUACCCAUCGGGGCCCGGCUCUCUCUCCGGCAGCCCCCACAGGACAGGUUGGCCACUUGGGAGUGCCCAGUGCCCGGCUGGGCCCCAGGGGAAAUGAGGCCAAGGGGAAAUGUCUCCUGGCUCCUUCUCUCCCUCUUGCAGGAGCUGCGGGCUCCUUCAGAGCAGCGGUUGCUAUGCAGCCUUGUUUGUUCAAGGAGAGCGUGGUAGAGGCCGGCAGCGCACCAGCAGCAGAGCCAGGGGCCUGUCCUCUAGCCUGGGGCUGGCCAGGCGUGGGGCCGCCUCAUCCUUGCACCCCUGGACUCCUGGGCCGCAUCGUCCGUGGAGAGACCACAGAGCCUGGGCUUCUUCAGUGACAGGGGUUGGCCUCUGCGUGGAAAGGCCCGACAAGGAUGCAGCUUUCCUGUGGAGGGUGUCCAGGCGCCUAGUCAGACAGCACUGCUGGUCUCCCAUGUGCCCGUCUCUGCCCGGGACCCACCCCUGGCGUCGUGGUGGGUGCGAAUUCGCAGCACAGCAUCCCAGGUCUCUGGAUGUUACAAGCUGUGGACCUCUGGAUCCCCAAGGACUGCGUUCACGGCCCAGGAAGUAGCGGCUGCCUCUGGACAACCUCCCAGGCACCUUCACUGAUAGGGGCAUGGGCACCCGUGAUGCUGUCCCCCCAGCCAAGGUUCUGGCCCCCGUGGCCAUGUACCUUGGGAGUGUCCCUCGGACCGGUGCCGGGCCCCGCGCGCUUCCGGGCGGAAGCAGUGACUCCAGGCUUCAGACUUAUGGAGAAGCGUCCCUCCAGCCAGCUCCGAGGGUCUUGCAAGAGGAGCCGUUGCAGCCCUUGAGUGGACAAGUGGAUCCUGGCAACCUCAAGCUGGAUGCCCCUCCAAAGGGAUGGCAGGCCAGGAAUGGCCACCCCAGGAACAUUGCUGCCUUAUCUCUGGGGCCCAACCACCCGGCACCCUUUUUGGAGUCUGAGGCCAACAGUGUGGCCCGGGACACCACCCAGAUCAAGGACAAGCUCAAGAAAAGGAGGCUCUCAGAGGGCUUGGCAUCAUCUUCCCAAGUCUCUCUGGAUCCUUUGGGAGGCCCCAGAGGAGUUCCUCUAAGGAGCUUCAUCCCCCGGGCCACCUCUCAGAGGCUGCUGAGGGUGCCCAAGCCGAUGCCCCCCAUCCAGAGCAUCCCCACCACCCCUGAGGCUGGCGGAGCCAAGGAGAAUGGCCUGGAUCUGCCUGGGAGCAGCCAGGGUCCCCAGGAGCUGAGACCCGGAGCCCAGGAGGUGCAGAUCUCCAGGCACUACCUGCACUGCAAGGAUGAGAAGAUGCACAAGUCACUGGGGGGUCUUGUGAUCCCGCCCAUCCCAAAGGCCGGGGUGCCCGCUGGGACCCCCUCCGGUGCACCUGGCUCCCUUCCCCGCCUCCUGCCUCCAGGCCAGGAUGUCCUCACGGGCCUGAAGGUCCCCCGCACACGAUUGGUUCGGGAGAGUGGGCCUCGGGAGAAGACCCCUAAAUCUCUGGAGCCAAAACAUUCGGCUCCACCUGCCAGAGACAGGUCUGCUGCCCCCGAGAAGGCUGCCCUGCGUUCAUCUCAGUCUGCUCCUAUGAUGACAACCUUCUCCUUCGGCCAUGCCAAAGAAGCCCGCCUCUUGUUCAAAGAGGAAGACCAGAGGGAGAGCAGUACCAAGAUCCAGGUCACCAUCUCCAAGUCUGCCCAGGAGAAGAUGCGGCUGAGGCAGAUGAAGGAGUUGGAGUUCCAGAGGGCACAGGAGCCGGAGAGGGAGAGGGAGCUUGCUUCCCAGAGCCUGGGCUCCCGGAGAUCCCUGAUGAAGGAAGGCCUCCUUCCCCUCCGGGGCAGUGGAACCUUGUCUGUGCCCACUGGGCUGAGCAUCCCACGCAGAAACAUGGGUGUCACCCUCAGGAAGCGGGCCAACCGGGCCUCAUUACCCAGCAUCCCUGUCAGCAAGCAGGAGCCCAGCUUUGCCCGCCAUGCUUCAGCCAACUCACUCCCUGCGGUGCUUGCCUUGGGGUCUCCCGAAUGGGAAGAAGAGGAGGAGGAGAUGGCUCUCAGAGCCUCUAAGGAGCUGAGGCCUUUCUCGAACCCUGAGCUGGGGCUGAUGGGUGCCCUCCAGUGCCUCGAGAGCAGUGACUGGCAGAUGAAGGAGAAGGGCCUGGUGAGCAUUCAGCGCCUGGCGGCCUGUCAUUCAGAUGUCCUUGCUGGGAGGCUGCACGACGUGUCCUUGGCUGUGACGGGGGAGGUCACCAACCUCCGCUCCAAAGUGUCACGCCUGGCCAUCAACACCCUGGGAGACCUCUUCCGGGCCUUGAAGAAGAACAUGGACCAGGAGGCCGAGGAGAUCACCCGCUGCCUGCUCCAGAAGAUGGGGAAUACCAGCGAGUUCAUCCAGAGAGCGGCCAACCGGUCCCUGGGGGCCAUGGUGGAGCAUGUGACCCCUGCCCGCUCCCUGGGGGCCCUCACCUCAGCGGGCAUCUACCACCGAAACCCCUUAGUCCGGAAAUGCACUGCCGAGCACCUCUCAGCCGUCCUGGAGCAGAUAGGCGCCGAGAAGCUUCUCUCAGGCACCAGGGACAGCACAGAUACGCUGGUGCGCAACUUGGUGAGGCUGGCCCAGGACUCCAACCAGGACACCAGGUUUUAUGGCCGGAAGAUGGUGAAUAUCUUGAUGUCGAACACGAAGUUUGAUGCAUUUCUGAAGCAGAGCCUCCCGUCCCAUGACCUGCGGAAGGUCAUGGCUGCCAUUAAGCAGCGGGGAAUAGAAGACAGUGAUGGACUUCCAUCUGCCAAGGGCCGCAAGGUGUCAAGGAGUCUGGUGCUGUGUGAGAACGGGCUGCCCGGCGAGGAUGGGCUUAGUUCCAAUGGCCCUCGGCUGGCAGGGCUACGGCCCUCCAUGCACAGUGGCCCGGAGGUGGUGGAAUGGCUUCGGGAGCUGACGCGACUGCUGGAGGCCAGAGAAUACCAGUCUCGGAUGGAGGGCGUGGGGCGGCUCCUGGAGCGCUGCAAGGCUGAGCCAGAGCUCAUCACCGCCAACCUGGUCCAGGUCUUUGAUGCUUUCACCCCAAGGCUUCAGGACUCCAACAAGAAAGUGAACCAGUGGGCCCUGGAGUCCCUUGCCAAGAUGAUCCCCCUCCUCAAAGCAAGCUUACACCCUAUGCUGCUCUCCAUCAUCAUCGCUGUUGCAGACAACCUCAACUCCAAGAACUCGGGGAUUUAUACCGCUGCCACGGCUGCGCUGGACGCCAUGAUUGAGAACCUGGACAAGCUUUGCCUCCUACAAGCGUUUGCUGGGCAGGUGCGCUUCCUGAGUGGCCGUGCAGUGCUUGAUGUCACAGAACGUCUGUCCGUGCUGGUGGCCUCUGUUUACCCCCAGAAGCCCCAGGCCGUGGAGCGUCAGGUCCUUCCGGUCCUCUGGCAUUUCCUGAACAACAUGACGGGGAACGGUGUCCUGCCUGGGCGUGGCAGGAACGUCCGCGUGGCGGUGUGCCAGCUGUCCAGGGGCCUCCAGGAACAGAUGGGCUCCCGGCUGUGGCACCUGGCUGCUGGCCAGCCAAAGCAAGUCCUCAAAAUGCUCCAGGAACUCUUAGACACAGAAUCCCGGUGAGGCAGCCCCAGCCAACGUCACCGACAGAGGGGUGGCAUCUGACAGCAAGACAACUGGCAGCUCGUGCCCCUUUCACCUGGGUUACAAACGGAUCUGAAAUGGGCAGUCAUUAAUUUUUAUCUUACUUGAUUUUUAUGAUGGAACAGUCUCCCGGCCGACUUUCUCUUAGAGUUCCAGAUGCACAUAGUAUAUUUUGAAGUAGGAAUAAAGGAAUUAUUUAUUUUUCUAAGGCUUUA